AUGAAGAAUCUGCAUGGUUUCACUAUUUCCUUUUUGCUCCUGAAGUUUUCUCUCAUCUUGUCCUGUUUGACUGAACCCCUUUGCUUUUGGAGGAUAAAGAAUAGUGAAGAUAACGAUGGAGAUUGGAGAAGUGACUGCGGUUUUAUGCUUUCGGCAAUGGAGGGAGCUGCUGACUAUAAUUACAGUGGCAUUUUUGAUUUUAGACUAUCAGCAAGAAAAUAUGAGUUUUUUCUGAUAAUGGUUUUUGCUACUGAGGAGAUCAACAAGAAUCCUUAUCUUUUACCCAACAUGUCUUUGUUAUUCACCUUCAUUGUUGGCCUAUGUGAUGAUAGAUUGGGAGUUCUGGAUGAAAUAUAUCCACAACAAAACAAUAGUUUGUUUUUUGCUAAUUAUAUCUGUGAAUUAGAGCCAAUUUGUGAUGUAGACCUUACAGGACCAUCACGGAAAACAUCCUUCAAAAUAGCAAUUAAUUCUAGGACACCAAAGGUUUUCUUUGGGCCAUUUAAUCCUAACCUGAGUGACCAUGACCAAUUUCCCUAUGUCUAUCAGGUAGCCACCAAGUACACACAUUUGUCCCAUGGCAUGGUCUCCUUGAUGCUUCAUUUUAGAUGGACUUGGAUUGGACUGGUCAUCUCAGAUGAUGACCAGGGCAUUCAGUUUCUCUCAGACUUGAGAGAUGAAAUGCAAAUGUAUGAGAUCUGUUUAGCUUUUGUGAAUAUGAUCCCAGAAACCAUGCAAAUAUACAUGACAAAGGCUAAGAUAUAUGAUAGACAAAUUAUGACAUCAACAGCAAGGGUAGUUAUCAUUUAUGGUGAGAUGAACUCUACCCUAGAAGUCAGCUUUAGAAAAUGGAGAUAUUUAGGUGCACAGAGAAUCUGGAUCACAACCUCACAAUGGGAUGUUAUCACAAAUGUAAAAGAUUUCACCCUCGAUUUCUUCCAUGGGACUGUCACUUUUGCACAUCACAAAGGUGAGAUUGCUAAAUUUAGGAAUUUUAUGCAAACAAUGAACACUGACAAACACCCACUAACCAUUUCUGACUCUGUCCUGGGAUGGAAUUAUUUUAAUUGUUCAAUCUAUAAGAACAGCAAUAAAAUGGUUCCCUUUACAUCCAUCAACACAUUAGAAUGGUUGGCACUGCACAAAUAUGACCUGGUCCUGAGUGAAGAAGGUUACAAUUUGUAUAAUGCUGUUUAUGCUGUGGCCCACACCUACCAUGAACUCAUUCAUCAACAAGUAGAGUCUCAGAAAAUGGCAGAACCCAAGGUAUUCAUUGACUGUCUGCAGGUGGCUUCCAUGCUGAAAACCAGGAUAUUUACUAACCCUGUUGGAGAACUGGUGAACAUGAACGAUAGAGAAAAUCAUUGUGCAGAGUAUGACAUUUUCAUCAUUUGGAAUUUUCCACAAGGCCUUGGAUUAAAAGUGAAAAUAGGAAGCUAUUUUCCUUGUUUCCCUCAGAGUCAACAACUUCACAUAUCUGAAGACUUGGAGUGGGCCUCAGGAGGAACAUCGCCUCAGGUUCCCUCCUCCAUGUGUAGUGUGACAUGCACUACUGGAUUCAGGAAAAUUCAUCAGAAAGAAACAGCAGACUGCUGCUUUGAUUGUGUCCAGUGCCCAGAAAAUGAGGUUUCCAAUGAAACAGAUAUGGAAGAGUGUGUGAGGUGUCCAGAUGAUAAGUAUGCCAACUUAGAGCAAACCCACUGCCUCCAAAGAGCUGUGUCAUUUCUGGCUUAUGAAGACCCAGUGGGUAUGGCUCUAGGCUGCAUGGCCCUAUGCUUCUCGGCCAUCACAAUUCUAGUACUAGUCAUUUUCGUGAAGCACAAAGAUACUCCUAUUGUGAAGGCCAACAACCGCAUUCUCAGCUAUAUCCUGCUCAUCUCUCUCAUCUUCUGUUUUCUGUGUUCAUUGCUCUUCAUUGGACAACCCAACCAGGCCACCUGCAUCCUUCAGCAAACCACGUUUGGUGUAUUUUUUACAGUGGCUAUUUCUACCGUGUUGGCCAAAACAAUAACUGUGGUCAUGGCUUUCAAGCUCACUACCCCAGGGAGAAGGAUGAGAGGGAUUAUGAUAACAGCAGUACCUAAGUUGGUCAUCCUCAUUUGUACCCUAAUCCAACUUGUUUCCUGUGGAAUCUGGUUGGUAACAUCUCCUCCCUUUAUUGACAGAGAUAUACAAUCUGAACAUGGGAAGACCAUCAUUAUUUGCAACAAAGGCUCAGUCAUUGCUUUCCACUUUGUCCUGGGAUAUUUGGGCUCCUUGGCUCUGGGGAGCUUCACUGUGGCUUUCUUGGCUAGGAACCUUCCUGACAGAUUCAAUGAAGCCAAGUUCCUAACAUUCAGCAUGUUGGUCUUCUACAGUGUCUGGAUCACCUUCCUCCCUGUCUACCACAGCACAAGAGGGAAGAUCAUGGUGGUUGUGGAGGUCUUCUCCAUCUUGGCUUCUAGUGCAGGGUUGCUAGGGUGUAUCUUUGUCCAAAAAUGUUACAUUAUUUUAUUUAGCCUAGAGUCAAAUUUUCUUCAGAAUUAA